CGCAGCGUCAGCGGAACCACAGCGAUGAUGAUACUGAUCUUCAUCAAGUGAACACACGCAAACAUUAAAAAAGCAGCGGGGAAGAACGGCGGGGGAAGGUGGUUGCAUGGCACCGCAGUCGUGCGUAAUGAAUCCUGCGCAAGGAUCACCGGCCUUGGACACAUCGCGUCAGGAUAAAGCCACUGGAGAAACUGGAGCCGAGGAGCCGGACAUGGCACCCAGAAGGAGCUGUAAAACCAAAGGUUUCGAGCUGCCUUUCAGUGUGGAAUCCCUCAUAUCGGACAGGACGUCUCCGGGCAGCAGCUCCCGCUCCUCUGACCUUAAGUCAGGCUGCGCCCGCACGGAGGAGACCGAGUGUGCGUCACCGAGAGGGAUCUGUGGGUCCAAACUGGAGGCGGUGGACCUUAGUGACAAGGAGAGGACCUGGCUCCAGGAUCCAUACCAUGCACACACAAGAAUCCCCAGCCCAACUACGUGCAACCUGCGGAAACACAAGAACAACAGGAAACCCAGGACCCCCUUCACCACGUCCCAGCUGCUCUCUCUGGAGAGGAAGUUCCGUCAGAAACAGUACCUGUCCAUCGCGGAGAGAGCAGAGUUCUCCAGCUCCCUGAACCUCACAGAGACCCAGGUCAAAAUCUGGUUUCAGAACCGCCGAGCCAAAGCCAAGAGACUGCAGGAGGCCGAGCUGGAGAAGAUCAAGCUGGCCGCAAAGCCGCUGCUGCCGGCGUUCGCCUUCCCCUUCCCGCUGAGCGCGCCCCUGGGCGCAGCGCCUCUGUACGGAGCUCGGCCUGCUUUCCCCGUCCCCGGACUCCUCAGCAGGCCUUACGGGAUGUAUUACUUGUCUUAACUAAUAUCCAGGAGCGCUGCGUUGGAAAAGCGGUGAUCAAAUACGUUUUUAGAAAGAAAAUAACAAAUGUCACAAAAAACAUCCCUCCCGAUAAAUCUGGGUUUUUCUUUUUCUUUUCUUCUUCUUCUUUUUUUUUACAGUUCUUGUAAGUUCAAUGACA